AUGGCGUUCGUGACCUAUUGGCCUCCCUUUCGCUGGCGGUCGAUGGGCAGGGCGUGCGUUCAGUUCAAAACACGCGAAGCGGCCGUCGCAGCCGUCCAAACAUUGGAUGGCUCGAUGCUUGAUGGACGUGCAGUUCGACUGGAGGAAUGGACAAACAAGCGCUGGCCUUCCUCAGCAGCUACCUGCGUGUUUGUUCGAAACCUUUCCUGGAGGACACGGGGCUGGAAACUCAAAGCACACAUGCAGGCUGCCGGCGAGGUGACCUGGGCCCACGUGCUGACCCUGGAUGGCAUGGGCGAGGCGGCGCAAAAGUUUAUUGAUCGUUCGAAAGCACCUGACACAGCGUUAGCCAGUUCACACCCUCGUGCUGCAGCGACGUCGCAACCUACAUCAUCUUGCGAGCUCUCCCGGAACGCAUCAAACACAAGCCGUGGCCAUGUCCCUGCGAAGUUUCUGAGCCUGCCUCUGGUCCUUCUGGAUAACGUGAUGGGCUUCUUGCGGGAUUUCGCCAUAUGCGUCACGUUGUGCCGCAAUGCAGCUGCCAGUGCUGCAGAAUAUGCGACGUGCAAGGUGCAUGCUCAGAAGAAAGAGGCUUUCCAAAGGUGCUUUUGGAUCCGCUCUGGAAAUCCCCAAGCCCUGGGUCACCGUGACGAUCAAGCAGCGCGGUGCCUACUUGCAUGUCUAGGCUUCGCGUGCACCUUUGCGCGGGUUCGCCCAAAAGCUCUUGUGGCGUUGGUGGAGGACUUGCUUCACAGCUUCAGGCACGAUGAAGGAGCUGUCCGUGUGGGUGCCGCAAGCUUCUUGAAGGAGUUGGUGGCACGCAGGACGCCCUUGCAAAGAUUGAUUGCAAAGCACAUGGUGGCCUUUCUGGCAGAAGCACAAUGCAUGCCCAGUGAACGAGCGCGAGCGUGCGCAAUUCUAGCAUGUUGCGGGCCUGACUUGGGUCGCUUUGGACGCCCGUGCGUGAGUGCUCUAAUCAAGGCAGUUUGUCGACAGGAGAAAGGUGCCUUCGAAGCGCUUGACAGCAUGCGGAGCCAAUACCCUCAAUACCCUGUCGCCGAGGCUUUGCAGGCCAAAACGCCUACCGGACAAAGUUCGAUAGCCAUUUGGAUUGAUUGGGGUCGUGUGCAGAGCGCCUUGGUAGCGCCAGGACGGGUCCAGCGCAGCGGCCCGAAAGGCAGCAAGCCAGGGCGAUGA